GCGCGCUGCGGAGCAGCGCUCGCCCAGCAGCCGCGGGUCAGGAUGGUGGAAGCGUGGUACAUGGACGAGUCCGGAGAGGACCAGAGGGCACCGCACCGGCAGGAGCCGCACCGGCCCGUCAGCCUGGAGCAGCUGCGCCGGCUCGGAGUCUUCCACUGGAAAUUGGAUGCUGACAACUAUGAGACUGACCCAGACCUAGCAAGGAUUCGGAAAGAGAAAAACUAUUCUUGGAUGGAUAUAAUAACGAUACAUAAAGAUAAACUGCCAAAUUAUCAAGACAAGAUAAAAAUAUUUUAUGAAGAACAUUUGCAUUUGGAUGAUGAAAUUCGCUACAUACUUGAAGGAAGUGGCUACUUUGAUGUUCGAGACAAAGAUGACAAGUGGAUCCGGAUUUUCAUGGAAAAGGGAGACAUGAUCACUCUUCCUGCUGGCAUAUAUCACCGAUUUACACUGGAUGAAAAUAACUACGUGAAGGCAAUGAGGCUGUUUGUUGGAGAACCAGUCUGGACAGCAUACAACCGGCCAGCUGAUCACUUUCCUGCUCGAGGACAGUACAUCCAGUUUUUGGCACAAGCAGCACAGUAAUACUCUCUGAAGUCUAAUGUGUGGAAAUGUCCUCAAGCCUGAGCAGAAUGGAAAUUGGGAAUCUUGUACUUCAACACCACUCACUGUAGGAUGUGUUCUGUUUCCUCUGUCCAAAUGUGCUUCUCUAGCUCUAAUUUUGGGAGGGUGAAUGGGGAGUAUGGACAAUACUUAAUGUUCAUCUUAGUCUGAAAUGAUGCUAUCAAACUACUUAAGAUGAUUGUAUUUAAUUAAAAAUCUAUUGCAUUCUCUCAAAGAAGCUGCACAAGAUGAAUUCACAUAAUCAGGACCUUCAUAUGCAAUUUACCUAGCUCUGCCCUGGUACAAAUGUCUGUGACUUUGUUAUAAUGAACUGCAGUGAUUUACUUUUGUAGCAUUUUAAUAAAAUGAUUUUCUGUC